UGAACAUCGCUGAUCGCACGUGAGUUUGUUGGAAGAUUCGGUAAUGUUUUAAUUGAUUGUUUUCAUUACAUUUGGGAUUUAUAAUCACUUAAAAUAUAAUUCAGUAAUGUCUAUGAAAGAAGAAAUCAUGAAGCGCCUGGAAGGGAAUAGCCAGGACUUUGCUUCCGGUCUAGAAUAUGGAAUAAAGCUAUGGAAAUCUAGUAGUUUUUAUUACAUGUCCAAGUACGAAGUAGUUUUUGAAUUUUUUCUCAGUGGUAUCAGGCAACAUUCAAAUGAUUUGGCAAAUCUUAGUCGAGAAGAGUUCGAUCAGAAAUGGCAGAUUGUGAACGAAUUUCUGAUGUUACCUUGUCCGUCGAAUGCACUUCCACCAGGUAUAAUUCCUAAGCUGAUGAAAGUUUUUUCUAGUAUUGCUAACAAGAAGCAGCCAAUUGAGUCUAAAGUUCUACUAGAGAGUUAUCUAACGGUAACAAUUAACAUCAAGUAUAAGAAUUUUUACAAAUUUGACUACUUGAGUUACGGGAAAGUUUUGCAGAUAACACUUGAUUACUAUACAAUCUAUCUGGAAAAAUUCCACGAAAAAGUUGAGGAAAAACAAACAAUCCAAAGAAUUUUUGAUGAUAUUAGAAUCUACAUCAAAUCCGCUGGAGGCAAUGAUAAAUGGAAGCAAGCGUUCACUCUUUUGCUGCCAAGUUUGUGUAAAGUUAUUCUUCGUUUAAAAAGCUAUGAUUUGGAUUGCCAGGAAGAUCUUUUGGAUCUAUUGAAACUAGUUUAUUUCCAAGAUGGAAAAGGUUCGCAGUACAACAGAGUGGUGGAUGAUUCCAGGAGACAUCUUUUCAUGAAUUAUUUCGAAACAAGCAAGCUUGCUAAUCACACACUCGCCUUACUUGUUGAAGGAUACUUGAAAGCCUAUCGAGAGACAAAACUGGACAUUUUACUUUUCCUUAAAUAUAUUUUGCUGUAUGUAUUCGUUGAACCAGAAAGAUCAAUCGUGCCCGAUAUUCGUCAAAUUUUUGUGUUGACAAAUUACGUUUUCUAUUUGUUGAAAAAAUACUUCAUCAAGGUAGACCAACAACUAGUACAAGACUUCGAUUUUUCAGCAAUCUUAACUGUGAAGCUGAAAGCGUUUCUCGAAAGAUACGAAUCGUCCGAACUUUGCAUGAAGGAUUUAUUUGCGUUGAUUUGUCGGAUAAAUGAAUAUAACCCGUUGCUUCUGGAAUCUAGUAUAAUUGACAUUUUACUAAAAACUAUGUUUAUUAAAAAGGGACCGGAAGCAUUGGCGACAUUUCAAGCUGUUAUUGUUUCUACAAUCGAGUCAUAUGUCAAGUUGAACAGAAGUGAACAUUUCCGCGAAGAGCUUUUUCAAAAACUAGAUGAGUACCUGGAUGACCGUGACUUAGGCAAACAACUUGAACAAUUGAGAAACCCAACAAAAAAGAGAAAAUCUGAACUAGUUUCAGAAUCCCAAGAAAAACGAAUAAUACUUGAUAAUGGCAAAACAGUUGAACUAGUUCGGUUAAGCGAUGAUUACUAUUUCGAUUUACUAUUGCCCUGUCAAACAGGAAGUUCGGUCGAAGUUAUUCGCCAGAGUAUGCAAGGCCAAUGGAAAUCGCUGUUGUUCGCAUGGCCAGACACCAAUGGCGUUUUAAGUCAAGCCAUGUUAAAUUAUGUAAAAGGACUUUUGACAAAACGGAGUUUCACUUACUGGCGUAAAUUGCAAGAGUAUUUGACCGACAUACUUGAUUCUAUCGAAAAAGAACAAAGUGCGACGGAACUGUUCAAGCUAGAGUUUACUGCUUGUUGGCUUUGUUAUUUUUUCGCUGGCAAUACUCUCGUAGAGCAAACGAAUUUAUUCUGGGAGAAGCUAAAUCGACAAAUCAAGGAGUUUGACCAGUUGAUGUGUGAUUAUGGAAAGUUGCUGAUCGAUGGAAAAAUUGACGAUUCUCGUUUUAUUGGACCGUUUUUGAAAAUAGCCUAUUUCUAUUGUAACUAUCGCCUACUAGUUCAUUACUACCGACCAGACUCGAUUGAAAGUAGCGAAAUUGGUUUAAUUAAUCAAUUUCUCGAAGUUGAUGAGUGGAAGCAGUUGGAGCAGAAGGUGCCUUUAAGCGAGCGUACAUUUCUGAACCGAAUUCAUUUGCAAAGAAUUAGAAUAUUACAACUGGAUAGUGCCACGAAAAUAUGUGAAACAGGAACUAUCGAAGAGCUGACUGAGAAGAUUCUAACACCAAUGAGAUUUGAUCAACUGAGUUGGUUGUUACAGGAUAGAGCAUCAAUUGUGUGGUUUUUGCAACAAAUUAGUUUAGAGCAAAAAACCCUUAUUGUCGAGCAGCUAUUGAAUAAUUCCUGUUUCGAAGAAUUAAAACAUAUCAUAGAUCAACUAGGAGACGAUAUCGCACUGAUGGAAGUAAUUUUGAUUGUUGUUUAUAAACACAUAGUGAAAACCGUUCUCGAAACAUGCAAUGAUUCAGUAGCUAAGCAUCUAUUGUUUGAAGAAAACUACGAAUUUGAUGAAGAAAAAACGAUGAACCGAAUUAAAAAACUGUUGGGCAAACGAGCAGUUGAACAAAACGCAGUAGUGGUCAUCGAUGAUCACCAACAGCUGUUGAAUUUCAUGAAAAUCUUAGAUUCAAUCAGAAUAGAUGAAAUUUCUUUGGAUAGAAAAGCGAUUGUUGUUGGAAUCAACAUAUUGAUAUUUGCUGAUUUACACAACUGCGAAAAACGUGAUAUAGUUGAUCUUCAGAUACAUGUUCUUAGAAAACAAUUAACCUUCGGAACCGUACCAAAUUUACUAAAGUUUCUCGACAUGCAGACUCUUUUCACAAUUUUUGGCCAAUCAUCACCGUUAGUUAUUACGCUGCUCCGACAAACGGCGAUAUUUGUUACCGAAGAAGCAUUCGAAAGUUUCAAUUCUAUCCUGGAAAACUUUUUGCAAGAGCCAAGUGCACAAUUUCAGUUGGCUCUACUGGUCUUUAAUUUUCUUCAGAAGAAUAAUGCCAAUUGGAAAAAGUUGAUUUCAUCUGAUCAGCUAAACGAAUUACUAUCGAAGUACGUUUGCGCUAUUGAUAAUUAUCUCGCUGGAAUUGCAAUAAAAAAACUACGAAAAUCAGAUUUGCAUAGUUUUAACGCGUGCCUUAGGGGAUGUUCUCUUAUUAUGCACUAUAAAGCAAUCAAGAAACAAAAACUAACCGACGAACAACGGGAAACGGUUUUAUGUUAUUUAGAUCAAUCGCUAAAAAUCGACAAUCAAUCUUCAGCUAGUCUCUUAACUAAUGCUCUUCAGCACAUGGAUUACUUGAAACUUGAUCCAGAACUAAUCCAGCAGAUUGUUGAAAAUCGUUGGUAUAGUUUUCUGUCGCAGAAACGAAAUGAAGUCACGAAAUGUCCGCAGGAUUCCAACUCAAGAACUAACGACGAUUGUGAUGCUGAUGAUAGACUGCAAUCGCAACAAGUAAAAAUCUUCACUACCUUUCUGACGCAUCAUGAUACGGCUGAUCGAUUCACAAAGCGACUAGAUGAGUUGAAAAUGGGAGCAAACGUUGACAGGAGCUUCGCGAUUAAUAUGUAUGUUUUGAGAGUGUAUGCCACUUUUGCAAAACACGCAUUUGCUUCGGGGGUUUCCCAGGAUAUGGAAAAAGUGUUUGUGAGAUCUUUUGGAAACAUUGUUACCAACGAAUUGCUGCCACUUUGCAUUUCAAAAACGUUUCUUGAAUAUCACAGCUUCAUAGAAGAGAUUCUUAAAUGCUUCUCGGUGAUCUUUGCGAAUCCGAAGUUAACGUUAGUGUCAUCCAUUAUGGACAACAUCGUGGAAUUUCUCGGAAGUAUAAACAUUAAAAAGUACAGUGUAAUAGAUGGUGAUGAAAAAAACUUUUAUCAGAUCCAUCGCUUGGUAAGUGAUGUGCUAUACUUGCUGAUGAUCACAAGACCAAAUUAUGUGAUAAAUCGAUUGCCGCACUAUUUUUGGGUGUUUAACCAGCUCAUAGCUGCUGUUAUAUGUUAUAAAGAAGAUCGCCCAGCAGACCGACCACUGAACAGCUUCGAAAUACUUACGCUAGCAGAUCUUUUAUUGCCACUGGAGAAGAUCAUGUCGCUUGCUGGUAAGAAGGUUGAAACGGAUGUUCGUAUACUGGCUCCAUAUAUUCUAAUGCAAAUUAUCAGUUUCAUUGUGCAAAGUAAACGUACGACAACGAUACAUGAGAAGAUUUCGCGAACUGUGCACAAUAUUUGUUAUGAGCUUAUUGCACUGUAUGACAAACAUUCUUCUGGAUACAUUUUGCGAACGAGCGAUGAAGCAUCGAAGAACGUGUACACCGACAUUGUGAAAGGGUUCCGAAAGUAUCGAUCGUUUAAAGGCAAAAUAUAGAGAAAUACACGGUAUC